AGGGCCGUGCCGGGGUAGAGCGGCGCGGGCGGGCGAGGCGCGUGCCGGGCGCAGGAGCUCCAGGUCGCCGCCGCCGCCGCUCGUCGCGCACGUGCGACCGCUACUGCGCCCCAGCUUACGCUCCGCGGCCGCUUUGUUGCUCCGGGCCGGCUGGCACGAUGCACACGCCGGACUCCGCGGGACAGGGCGACGCGCGCGCAGUUGGCAUCAUGGACAUAUGUGAGUCCAUCCUGGAGAGGAAGCGGCAUGACAGCGAACGGUCUACAUGCAGCAUCUUGGAGCAGACAGACAUGGAAGCUGUCGAGGCUCUUGUUUGUAUGAGCUCCUGGGGUCAAAGAUUCCAGAAGGGUGACCUGUUACGGAUAAGACCCCUCACGCCUGUCUCUGACUCUGGGGAUGUCACCACCACUGUGCAUAUGGAUGUAGCCGCACCUGAGCUACCAAAAGACUUCCAUUCUUUAUCAACUCUGUGCAUAACUCCUCCUCAGAGCCCUGAUCUCGUGGAGCCAUCAACAAGGACACCUGUUUCUUCCCAAGUAACAGACUCCAAAGCAUGCACAGCCAUGGCCGCCCUCCAGUCCUCUGCUGUGGUGGCCAGAGCACUGAGUGGAGGGAUGGAGAGGGGCCUGCCGGGUUUGGAGCCAGUGCCCAGCUCUCCGUGCAGGGCCGUGGGGACCAGCGUGAUCCGACACACUGGGGAGAGCCCUGCUCCUGCCUGCUGUCCCGCCACCCAGACUCCAGAUGGCCGGCUUUCUGACAACAGAGAAGCAGCAGAGCAGCUUUUGGGACACUUUGAAACUUUGCAGGAUACACACCUCACGGACCGUUUACUCAGCACUAACGCGGUGUCCUGUCAGCCUUGCUUGCACGAGCCCGGAGGCCUGCUCCCCACUGACAGAGGUCCGCAGGCAGGGUGGCCUGGUGCGGUACAGACUUGCUCACCAAAGAAUUACGGAAAUGACCUGCCCAGGAAAACCACCCCUCUGAUUUCUGUCCCUGUCCCUGCUUCCCCUGUCCUUUGCCAAAUGAUCCCUGUGACUGGACAGAGUGGCACGUUCUCAGCUUUUUUGAAGCCGCCUCCCCAGUUGUCUGUGGGGACUGCGAGACCCAUCCUAGCCCAGGCUGCUCCAGCUCCGCAACCUGUAUUCCUGGGACCUCCUGUGCCUCAGGGAGCUGUGAUGCUGGUCCUGCCCCAGGGCGCCCUCCCUCCGCCUGCUCCUUGUGCGGCCAGCAUCCUGGCUUCGGGGAAUACCAGGUUGUUGCCCCUCGCCCCUGCACCAGUGUUCAUCGCCUCUAGCCAAAACUGUGUCCCUCAGGUAGACUUUUCCCGAAGGAGGAACUAUGUUUGCACCUUCCCAGGCUGCCAGAAGACCUACUUCAAAAGUUCCCACCUCAAGGCUCAUCUUCGCACUCACACAGGGGAGAAGCCUUUCAGCUGCAGCUGGGACGGCUGUGAUAAGAAGUUUGCUCGUUCGGAUGAGCUGUCUCGCCACCGCAGAACUCACACAGGGGAGAAGAAGUUUGUGUGCCCUGUGUGUGACCGGCGUUUCAUGCGCAGUGACCACCUGACGAAGCAUGCCCGCCGCCACAUGACGACCAAGAAGAUCCCAGGCUGGCAGGCAGAGGUUGGCAAGCUGAACAGAAUCGCCUGUGCAGAGAGCCCCGGGAACCUGCUUGUGACCACACCAGCCUCCACUUGAAAGGUCCACUAGGAUGUUACUCACGGGGUUUCUAAAAGCCUCUUUUCAGGAACGGAACUGACAGAUUGCUCUCUCGUUGCCUCACCCCCCAAAAAUGGUUUUGGGGGCUUGGGAAGAUGGGGGAGCUGGUUUUGAUGAAGGUGUGUUAACUUUUCCACUUGGGACCCUGUUCAAUAUGUUCUGUAGUUUCAGAAGUUGUUUUUGUUUUUUUUGUUUUUUUUUUUUUAAGAAACAGUAGAAAAUUUGAUAAUCGAAAUCACCAGCAUUCAGACAAAUAUUUCGGCUAGAAAGUUUACAAAAUCUGGAUUUUUA